ACAAAAAAACAUGGCGUGUUGAACAGAUUCCCGUCGAUCACGGGAGGGCUUGCGUCGAAGCAUGCGUCACGAAAAUGUAACCGUUCAAGGGAAAAGGGCAUGCGCUAUGCAAGCAUUUUCGUUCAACUCAAGGGGUGCGCAUAGCGCAUGCGUCUAACGCAAUAAAGAGCGCCCGGGUGUAAACACACCUUUACAGAUAAACAUUUUAUUGUAAGCAUUUUGUGUUGAGCGUGCCAUCCUCCAUCUUGUUCUUUUGUUCGGUCGUUCAUUUGCCCACCUCAGACAUCAACCGUCCCUGUGACCGAGUGCCGUUCGCCGAAUGCGCAUACAUCCCGUCGGUUUGUGUCGCGCGUUAUUCAUCGGAACUGCAACCUUAAGUUUACGUGCCGUACCACGCGUUCGGUGUGGUAAUCUUUUCGCGCUGACCGCCAGCGAACGUUCUCGAUCGAACCUCAAGGAUGUUUGCUUCCUUGAUCAAAACGCUCUUCAAGAGAACAUCGGACAACAUAAGUGGAUCGCCAAAUCAUGACGAACCACAAAAUAACAAGAAAGUGAUCAACCUGAGACAGGAUGUUGAGAACAUGCUCUCCGAAGUGAACGAAAUUGAUUGUUUAAAUCGGACCUCGUGCAAAGAGAGCAUCGCUGAUUCUUCUGAGUUUAUGUCUUUUGCAGGCAAUCUGCCUGAAGAUUUAAACGAUAACGAUUUGGAUGAAUUAAAGAGUGAAAUAAACUCCGACGAAGAAACCGUACAAUGUACGGUUGAAGAUAAAAUUCAAACGAAUGAUAUAGUCCAAAAAAUUAAUAGUCUGCAAUGUAUUUUUACGUGGAAAUUGAAAUCGAAUAAAAGAAAUAUUAUCUCACAAAUAUUAAAUAAAUAUGGUGAUUAUAACUUGGAUAUUUCUUCACCAGAAUUUUCAAUGAAAAGGUUUAUAGGCAAUUUGAUUAUUGGUUAUGAGUUGUUCCAUAAUGGUGAAAUCGAAAAUGGUCAAAUUAAAAUAUUGGAAAUUGGUAAAUGGCUAGAAGAAUUAGAUAACGGCUCAGAUAAGUUUUAUUUGUCCAUUAAAACUGGCCUUUAUUAUGUGAUGAAGGGCACUUUAAUUCACAUGUUAAAUGCUUCAAACCUUCUGGAAGAGUGUAAAUGGUUAUUAGAUGAUAUUAUACCGUUCAAAAAACUGAACUGUAUAUCAAAAGCUUCUAUAUUUGCUAUACAUGCUGCUGUAUUAACUGAGUAUGGUGCAAAUACACAAUAUUACAAAAAAGCUUGUGAUUCUGCAAAUAAAGCUUGUGUCUUGGAUCCAAGUUCUCCACAUUGGUUUUACAUUUAUGCUGUGGCUUUAACUAAACAAAGAACAUUUUUACAUUCAUAUAAAUCUCAUCCGACAGAAAAUGAAAUAAAUGCAAUCCAACACGCAAUUAUGUUAUCUGAUGGAAAGGAUACAGUUUUCAACUAUCAUAGAAUAUUAUUAGAUAAAGAUACCGCAAAUAGAAACUAUCAUGAUAAUAUUAACAUAAAAAAUAAUGAUAUGAGCGAGAAAAAUUUACAGGCAAACCAAAAAAUUGUUGAUAUGAUCAAAACAGUUAUUAGUAUGGAGCCAAAAGAUCCUCUAGUGAUUGUCGGAUGUGCUAAAAUAUUAAUGACACUUCCAAUUAAGGUUCGUGAUUUUGAUUUAGGAAAAAUGUAUCUAACAAAAGCUAUGCAAAUGGCACCAAACGAUGUGGCGGUUUUAAAUUCUAUUGAAAAGGCAAUUACACAUUAUAAACGUGUAUCAAACAAGACGUAUGAACUCAAAAAAACUGCCUCUAAACAAUUUCAACCUUCGGUCAAAAAUAAAAAAUCUAAAAUAGCUGAAAAAUUAAGCUUUUUAAUGAAUAAUCAUAAAAAUGGUAAAGAUCCUCUACCCGAUCUAAUUGCUAUGCUUAAUAAAUCAAACGGUCGUGAUAAAGUGAUAAUUAUGGCUCAGAUUUGUUCAUAUACAAUAUUAUUUGCAAAUAAUUUAAGAUCUGGAGUUGAACAGUUCCUGGUGUUACUUGAAGAACCAAUAAUUUUAGAUUGUGAUUUAAUGAUCGAUAACUUAUCAUCAUUUGGCUUGGAAAAGUUUAAUUUAGCACAGUUUAUUUGUAAUGAAAUAAGAUUAGCCACUAACUCAUGUGAAACUCCUUCUGAAGAAAUGUUGUUUUAUUUUAAAGCAUUAAUUAAUAUAAUGAAAAAAUUUAGGCUGGUAAUGGGAGAAGUUGAACCAUCAAUGAAAAGCAAACUAAUUGUUAAUUCAUCUGAUAGACUAACAUGUUUGAGUACAGCAUUUCAAAGUGGAUUGCAUUUGUCGGAUAAUAACAGUGAAGUUGAUCGGUGUAAAAAUAUAACUAAUAAAUCCAAUAAUCCAAAGAGCUUCCAAAAUGUUGAUUCAAAAAUAUUUAAGGCAAAAUCUAGAGUGAACAAGAAAAAUAAUAUGAAUACAUCCAUUGGCAAGAUAUUUAAUUUUCAAACAAACCUUAUUGGCCAAUCCUAUGGUGGAGGAAGUAAUAUGAGUGGACAUUAUAAUGGCUUACAAGCUCACAUUAGAAAAAAAAGAGUCCAAAAGCAUUAUUUAAUUGGUGUCAUGCUCAUUGACAUGCUUUAG